GGGAGUGGACAACGUGGUACAAGUCAAAAAGAUAUGGCAUCAGCCAUUGAGUUUCUAUUUCUUUUUCUACUUCUUGAUCAUAAACCCUCAACACAAUCACGUUCCCAUUACAACUACCACUCACAAUCGCUUUCAGUCGACGCCAUUCUAUAUUAACCCCUCAAUACUCCUCUUUUUCCCCCUCCAUUCUCUACGAUCUGCUGCUUCUUUCUCGCUUUUGCUCUCUGGUUGCUAACACUCUGUAUUAAUACACCUGUUAGUCUAAAAUGGAAAACGGGGAUCAGUUCCAGGAAAUGUCAAAGGCGAAAUACGAUUGUCUUUUAUUUGAUCUUGAUGAUACCCUUUAUCCUUUGAGUUCUGGAUUGGCAGAGCACGUGAAAAAAAAUAUUCAGGAGUACAUGCUUCAAAAGCUUGGGAUACAGGAGGCUAAAGUUCCUGAAUUAUGCUUUUCCUUAUAUAAGGCAUACGGGACAACAAUGGCUGGUCUUAAGGCUAUUGGCUAUGGCUUUGACUAUGAUGACUUUCAUGGAUUUGUUCAUGGUAGAUUGCCAUAUAAUAUACUGAAACCUGACCCUAUUCUCAAGGGAAUUUUACUAAGCCUGCCUGUUAGAAAAGUUGUUUUUACAAACUCAGAUGAGGCCCAUGCAAGUAGAGUGCUUCAUAGGCUUGGACUGGAGGAUUGUUUUGAUCGAAUAAUAAGCUUUGAGACUCUCAAUCCUUCAAAUAACAAUGAAGAUGGCAGUGAAUAUAAGCCAAGUUCCACAGGAAUAUUUGAUUUUUAUGAGUACAUUCGAAGGCCUGAUUCUGAUAUCGAGCUUCCAAAGACACCGGUUGUAUGCAAACCCUUUGAAGAUGCCUUUGAAAAGGUUUUUGAUAUGGCAAAUAUUGACCCUCAAAGAGCAUUAUUCUUUGAUGACAGUGUCCGCAAUUUACGGACGGGAAAAUCACUUGGUCUCCACACUGUCCUGGUGGGCACUUCGGUUCGAACUUCAGGAGUGGAUCAUGCCUUGGAGAGCAUCCAUAAUAUGAAGGAGGCAUUUCCAGAACUAUGGGAAGCUGAUGAAAAGCCUGAAAAUGUGAAGUGCUCUAGAAAGGUUUCAAUUGAAACAUCAGUAAUAGCUUAAUAUAUCCAUGUUCUGAACUUAUGUUGUCUAGUGCUGUAUUGGAAUCUGACUUUGAUUAAUGUUUUUGUUGAAUGAAUUUGAUAUAAAUGAGUUUUUAUUUGC